AUGGCCGACGCCGCCGCCGCCGCCGCCCCUGACGAGCUCAACAAGUGGUGGGAGACCUUCAACAAUGGCGGCGCCGUGGAGGAUGAGCCGAUGGUGGACUCCGACUCCGAUUUCGAGCAAGGGGGGCAGGACGCGGAGGAGGAAGGCAAUGCGGGCGUGGUGGCGGGCGAGUGCCACCGGAAGGUGGAGCCGGACGCCCACGCGCCCGCCGGGAGGGAGGGCUGCAGCGGCGCCGCCCGCGAUUACGAUGAGAAGGAGAUUUCUGAGGAUGGCCAUUUUCAGCUUGAAGGUGUGCUGCCGGGAAUGAAGAGAGAAGCAGCCGCCGGACGAAACACACCGCGGGCUACUGCAGCUGAGAUCCAGAGCGUAGAAGGUCAAGCGGAAUGUUCAAAUGCAGAGUACGUUUCUGAGGAUAACUAUGUUGGAGGUGAGUUCCAAGGAAAGAAGAGGAAAGCAACCGUGACAGCCGGCAAACUGGAGACUGUUGGAUCUGCAAUCCUGAACAAAAAUGCUCAUGUUGCGGAGGAGAUUUCUGAGGAUAGCCAUUUUCAGCGUGAAGAUGGGCUGCAGGGAAGGAGCAGAGAACCAGCCACCAAACUAAAUACACCGCAGGCUUCUGGAGAUGAGAUCCAGAACGAAGAAGAUCAAGAGGGGUAUGUUUCUGAGGACAAGAUUGGAGGUGGGCAGCAAGGAAGGAAGAGGAAAACAACAGUGGCACCCAGCAAAGAGCAAAUGACUGGAAUUAGGAUCUGGAAGAAAAAUGCUUAUGGUGAGUGUCUGAGAGCUGAGAAUCAGAUGCUGAGGCUGCAGCUUGUUCGCAAGACGAAAGAGCUUGAGGCUGAACAGAUUCGGAGACUCGAGCUAGAAUUGCAUUUUAUGAAAAAGGAGAAUGAGUUUCUGAAGAAGCAGCUUGAAGAGUUGAAAGCUGAGAAUGAGUACUAUAAGAAGACCGCAAAGCCACAAAAAACCCGAAGGCUGUGCAGGUUCUGUAAGGAAUAUGUCGACCACGACUUCCGCAACUGCCCCGAGAGACACGCUUCCGCUUGUUCUGAAGAAGACGACGGCUCCAUCUAA